CGGCUGCUUGCCAGCUGAUUUUUCGCGAAAAAAAUUUUCUUAUUGUAAAUUUACUUAAUUUCUGUGAUUUUUGCGAUUACAAAAAGGAAAACUAUAUUUAAAUUGUGAUAGAUGGAUAUAGCUAUUGCAUCUGGAAGUGUCAAAGUGUGACUUAGCGGAAUUCGUAGAAAAUAAUUGCGACGCGGCGUUUCAUUGUUUUUGUUGCGCGAUAGAUGCGGUGAUCUUUUUUGGGAAUUCGCAAAUUAAAUAGUAAAUAAGAUAAACAAACUCAAAGUGCCACAUCUGCUGCAGUUUCGCUUAAAGGAAAAUUGAAAGUGGAAUUUCCCCUAUGAGCUACUAUAAAUACGGGUGCACAAACGCAGUAUGCUCCAUGUUUCAAUUGUCAUUGCAAGCUGCCCGAUAAAAAAACCAUGACAGUCAAAAUAAUACUUUAAUUCGAAACGAUUCAGGACAAAAUUCGUACUUAAAUAAUAGAAAAUGUCAGAGGCGAAAUCGGAAAUUGAGGAUAUAGCCGGUCCCUCAACAUCGAGCGAACAACAACAACAACAGAAUGAGCAACAGGUUGUUGCCACGAAGGAUAAAAAAACCCCCGAUUUGGUGCCGAAAAAGCAGCGACAGCGAUUGACAGAGGCAAAGAAAAGCAGCUUUGAGGCGAAUCCUUUGAUCCUCGAGCAUGCAAAUCUGGAAUCGGUGCCCGAACACUUGGAGAAACUAAUGAAGCAGUAUGAGGAAAAUCGGAAAAUGCCAGCUGCCGAAUGGCUUACUUUGCUGAUUUACUUGCUGGCCUUGGAGUGCGGAUUUGUGGAGGAGGAGAUUUAUGCCCAGAAACGACAUCUCUUGCAACCGGUGCCAUCUUUUAGCAGUUUCCAUGCCUUAAAUGUGCGACUCCUAAGCGAGCAGCCAGCCAAAUAUGAAGUGUUAUUUAAUGACACCGCUUACUCCAUGCGAUUGCGAACCCUAUUGGACAAACAUGCUCCGGGGGAGACUUCUCUGGUGGCUGCCCUUCAAACACGACUAAUGGCCAUCACUCUGGGGGAUCAGCUAAUGGUCACCUUAUCGCCAGUGCCACCUUCCAAGCAACCAGGCUAUAGCAUCAGCCUCUCUAUCGGUCGCUAUGUCCUGAGUAUUCAGGCGAAGAACAAACCCGUUUACCAUCGCUUUCGAAAACUGGAUGAACUCUCCUUUGAGCUCAAACAGAAUGUUUUCCAGCCCAUGCGAUCGCAGCAACUCAUGCAGAUGGAACACAAGCUGCAGCCAUCGUUAUUGGGUCUGCCCGAUGAACUAUACCAUGAGAUCUUUAGACAUCUCAACAAAAGCCAACUGAAUGUGGUGGCCAAAGUCAAUAGGCAGCUACAGUUCUACAGCAAAGAAGUCGAAAGGAAGAGGCUACAGGGCGGCAGGGGUUAAGGGUCAAGGGCUAAGCCUCAAAAAUCGAUUUCAUUUCCAUGAAAUUUGUUAGCUCUUUGUUUUUUGGCUAAAUCCUACUAAAUGUCAAGUCUCGCAUUCGGUUACUAAACCUUUAGUAUAAUAAGAAAUUAAAAAUG